AAGGACAAACUCGCAUCACGGCUCAAUACCGAUUACACUGAAAUAAGCUAGCAAUCGUUAUAUGAAAUGCGUGAUACGGUAAAAAGGUAUAUGACCAACCUAUCAAGUGAUAUUCCUAAUUUCUCUAUCUGUGUGGAAAGGAGUCGGUGCUUUCACAGAGACUGAAGUUCAUGCCAUUCUCAGGGACCACACGUUUAAAGGAACAGUUACCGGCGACAAUAGAUGGAAGAAUGUUUCUGAAAACCAUUUUUGCAGGUGUAUUCCUCGCGUUGGUAUUCAAUUACGUUCUACGUACCAUUAUAUACUCGAGCACAUUAAGAAUAACAGUUCAGACCGGUGAUAAGCCCCGACAGAGUCACACUGCAUGUGUAUUUCUAACGCUCUCCGCGGAUGGAUAUAAGGCACUGGAAAAGAAGCUAGAAGCACGCUUUAAUCAUGAUUUUUCCCGUGGACAAACAGAUACGUUCGACGUACAAAACGUUAAGCUACCUUCCGAGGUUGACAGUAUAGAACUAUCCAAGUGUCAACCAGGUGAUGAAAUUGACUGGUAUAUCGACAUUGUUAGAGUGCAGAAUAUGAAAACAGGAUCAUGUAAGGAAUUUCCAAUUUUUCGUAGACUGAUAUCGAAUGAAGUAGUCGUCAUUCACAAUUACGACACCUACUUACCGAAUGAUGACUUCUACAACAAACGCCCAAAGAUGCUAGAACGAAGACAGCGCGAAUUAGAGACAGCGAAGCGGGAUUACGAGUAUAAAUAUGAAGAUAAGCUACCUGUAAUGGUGAAGGAACUACCAGACGAAGAGAAAUUUUCAUUUUUGUACGAGAUGUUUCUUGGAUUGAACCUCGGAAAAUUUAUUCUAUUAACAAACGAAUUUGAAAACACAGAUUGGGGACAAAAUAUUGAAGACGUAAAGGAUAUUUAUAAGCAUCUUAAUCUAAAACCGCCCGACGAUUUAGAACGAUGGAGGAGCGACGAAAAAUUUGGUUUACAACGCCUACUUGGCGUUAACAGCAACGUAAUCCGUCGGGUUAAGGACAUGACUCAACUACAAAAGCUUAACGUACAUGAAAACGACGUGUUACCCACUUCCGGGGAGCUCACAGUCAAGAAAGCCUUCAAUGAAAAUCGACUUUUCUUCGUCGACCACAGCAUUAUCCAGGGCUGCCCAACAAGCGAGGGCAUCACUCUUUGUUCGCCAAUAGCUCUUUUUGUCCGUAAUGAAUUUGACAAGAUCGUGCCAGUGGCGAUUCAGCUUUUCCAGAAUAAAACAGAAGAUAAUCCAGUAUUUUCCCCGAAUGAUGACGAAAUAACCUGGCAAUUAGCCAAGAUGUGGUUCAACAACGCCGACGCACAAGUGCACCAAUCAAUAUACCAUCUUGGGUAUACACAUCUGAUCAUGGAAGGCUUCGCAGUCGCUGCACACCGUCACUUAUCCACUUCUCACCCGAUAUUCAAACUACUGGCCCCCCAUUUUCUUUACCUGAUGGCGAUUAAUAAGGGGGGCAUGAGUCUGCUACUCGCAGAAGGAAAAGCUUUGGAUAAAGUUAUGUCUUCAGGCGCAGCAGGUGGUAAAUAUCUGAUAGCUCAAUACAAAACAAAAUGGCGUUUGAAUAUUGAAGGCACACUCCCAGCAGAUUUGGAAGCUCGUGGGGUAGGCAAAGAAGUAAUUCCCAUUUAUCCGUUCAGAGACGAUGCUAUGCUUACGUACGAUGUUAUCAAAAGGUAUGUGCAUCAGUACGUGAAUCUAUAUUACAAAGAUGAAGAUGUCCUAAAGGGUGACGAAGAAAUACAGAAUUGGCGAAGUGAUAUAACUCGCCCCGAAUCGCAAGGCGGACUCGGGAUUCUCGGUGUCCCAGGAGAGAACGAUAGAUUUCAAACCAAAGAGGAUUUGGCUAUUGUGUUGACAAGUAUCAUUUACACGUGCAGCGUCGGACAUGCAGCGGUGAACUUCAAGCAGUACGACGAGUACGCCUUCCCCUUAAACUACCCGUCGAAACUAAAAGGUAAGCCUCCUACUGACAAGACGACGAGACGUUAUUUGCGUGACAUUCUAUCAAUUCUUCCUCCAAAACCUACGCAUUACGCACUUAUGGAAGUGGCAGUUAUAUUGAGCAGUCGUGGAACAAACAGUCUCGGGGAUUUCGAGGUAGACUUCAUUCAUGACCCAGCUGCUGUGGAAUUGGUUAAAACGUUUCGAAAGGAACUCGAAACGGUUACUAAAAUCAUCAAGAAGAGAAAUGAAGAAAGGCCUCAAGAGUUGCAGUACGAUUAUCUGGAUCCCGAAAGAAUCCCUAAUUCCAUCAGCAUAUAAACACCAUAAAAGAGAUAUGUGUUUCCCUGAUAUAAACUGGUUCGUGUUUAUGUUGUUCUUGUUGUUGGUGUUUUGAUUAAAAGUCUAAUUAAAAUGGCAACUAUUUUAAACAUUUCGGUCUAAAUUGGUAGAACUGUAACCCAAUGUGUAGAUUUACUACACCCCUAACUAAUUCUCAAUUGCAGACAUAUUCAUGUAGUUAAUUUCUCGGAAUGAAUAAUACCUGAUCCGUCUUUUCUUUGCUUUAAAUCUGACAACUUGAACAUAAGUGAUGCAGGGUUUGAACGUUUUUUGUACUUUAUAUCCAUCUAUAAUCAGAUUGGUUGUUACCAGUAGUGUCUAUAAUUGUUUUGUGCUUGUCAAUAUUCAUAAUGUCUUUUGUUUGUCCUUGUCUCUCCCCUCUGCGCUAAUUUUACCAAACAGGUUAUUUAAAUUUGUUCAAAAUAAGCAAAAUUGUUUAUUUAUUGGUUAUCAUCUUAUAAAUUACUUUAACUUUUGAAAUCAUAAAAAAAUGUGCGAAAUACCUUAAAAACUUAUCAGAGCUUUAUAAGAUUUGCAGCCAUUAAGUGUAAUGUAAGUGAAAUGUAAUUCUAAGUUCACUCUUGUUAAAAGAUUUGCCAUAUGUUAUUGAUACAUACUAAUUAACAGAGAUUGUUUAGUUA